CCUUAGAAACACUUAGUUUCAUGUAUGACUCAUAAACUGAAGCUCAGACACCACUUCCCCAAUCUCCAGGAGCCAUUUUAACAGCAUAAAACUGUUGGAUUUCAUUUGCCUUCUAGCCUCUGGGACCACAGCAGCAGAUUUCCAAGUCAUUAAGGGGUGGAGUCAGACCAGAGAAAAGAACCAUUGAGAAGAGGAUUUCCCUAGUUUGUUUGAAUUGCAGCAGAGGCAAACGAAGAAAAUCUGAAAAUUUGAAGGCUGGGAAUUUACCGACUGAACUGGAUUUCCCUCUUCAGUUUUACAUUUGGCUUGGGCAUUGGAUUCUCUUAACUGUGGUUUAAACCUGGCCGGAUUUUGUCUCAUGCAGCUCUGAGAGAAGGGAAUGCUUUAUUAUGGCUGCUGUUGUACAACAGAACGAGCUGGUUUUCGAAUUUGCCAGUAACGUCAUGGAGGAUGAGCAGCAGCUUGGUGAUCCUGCCAUUUUCCCAGCUGUGAUUGUGGAGCAUGUCCCCAGUGCAGAUCUCCUCAAUGGAUAUGCUGGUUUAGCCUGUGUGGAUGAGCCCAAUGACAUGAUUACCGAGAGUUCACUGGAUGUAGCUGAAGAAGAAAUCAUAGAAGACGACGACGACAUUACCCUUACAGUGGAAGCUUCCUGCCAUAAUGGAGAUGAAACUAUUCAAACUAUUGAAGCUGCCGAAGCACUCCUCAACAUGGACUCCCCUGGUCCUAUGCUGGAUGAAAAAAGAAUAACAAAUAUAUUUAGCUCCUCUGAAGAUGAGAUCGUUGUUGCCCCUGUUACACACGUGUCGGUCACACUAGAUGGGAUACCGGAAGUCAUGGAGGUCCAUCAAGCCCAAGAGCCUUAUGAUGAAUCACUGGACACUCCUCCCCCAGAGCAGCCUAGGAGGAAAAAAGGUAGGAAAACCAAACCUCCUCGGCCAGAAUCUCCCACGACCACACCGAACAUAUCUGUGAAAAAGAAAAACAAAGAUGGGAAGGGAAACACAAUUUAUCUCUGGGAAUUCUUAUUAGCACUGCUGCAGGACAAGGCUACGUGUCCCAAGUACAUUAAAUGGACUCAGCGAGAGAAAGGCAUUUUUAAGCUGGUGGAUUCGAAGGCCGUGUCCAGGUUGUGGGGAAAGCACAAAAACAAACCUGAUAUGAAUUAUGAGACUAUGGGCAGAGCGCUCAGGUACUAUUAUCAAAGAGGCAUCCUGGCUAAAGUGGAAGGCCAACGCUUAGUGUAUCAAUUUAAGGAAAUGCCAAAAGACCUGAUCUACAUAGACGACGAGGACCCGAGUUCCAGCAUAGAGUCUUCCGAUCCUUCGCUGUUGUCGUCGGCCACGGUUUCCAGUAGAAACCAGGCGACCAGAUCCAGGGUCUCGUCCAACGCAGCAAUGAAAGGAACAGCCACUACAGUUCUCAAAGCACCAGGAAAUUCCAAAGCUACCAAAUUGAAAGAGGCUGGUGAAGUCUCCCAGCCACACCUACCUGGCGUGGCACCAGAAGUUUUGAGGACAAUGCAGUCACCGCAGUCGGUCUAUCCAACCCAGCUUUUUCGGACAGUUCAUGUCGUGCAGCCAGUUCAAGCUGUCACAGAAGGACAUGCCGCUGAGAGUGGUAAUAUGCAGGAUGAAACGUUAAAUUCCUCCAUCCAGAACAUGAGGUCUCUACCGGCCCCAGCCCAGGUUCCAGUGGUGGUUUCCCCUGGGAACCAGCAACUGCACGCGGUCACACUCCAAACGGUGCCUCUUACAACUGUCAUAGCCAGCACAGAUCCAACCUCAGGGACAGGAUCUCAGAAAUUUAUUCUCCAAGCCAUUCCAUCGUCCCAGCCCAUGACUGUACUGAAAGAAAACGUCCUGCUGCAGUCUCAGAAGCCCGGCUCGCCUCCGUCCUCCAUUGUCUUCAGCCCCGCCCACGUCCAGCAGGUUCUGACCAGCAACGUUCAAACCAUUUGCAACGGGACGGUCAGUAUGGUCUCGUCUCCGUCGUUCAGCGCGACUACCCCCGUAGUGACCUUUUCUCCGGGCAGCUCACAGCUGGUAGCCCAUCCACCUGGCACGGUGAUCACUUCAGUCAUCAAAGCCCAGGAAACCAAACAGACUGUGAUUCACGGGGUGGUGAAACAGGAGGGAGAAGAGAGCGAGGCGGAAAAGUCCGAGCGGCCGGAGCGGAACGUGCAGUCGCAGCCGUUUGUGAUGGUGGUGUCCAGUUCCAACGGCUUCCAGUCUCACGUGGCCGCCGUGAAGCCAGAGAGCGAACAGUUGGAACCCAGUUCUUAUUAGCGUACCAGAUUUCAGGGGGUGAUUUUAUUUUCUUCAAUGUGAUUUGUAUGAAAAGGGAUUCGAUUUGAAGCAUUACGAAGCUCCUGAAGUUGGGCGGUCGUUAGGAGGUCCUAACUUAGCUUUGGCCUGGGUUUUCAGUCCACUGUUAAAUGUCGUUACUAGGUGCAAGAAGAAAACAUUCCAAGAACGUGUUUGGAACUCAAGCGUGAAGGAACGUGCGUAUUCUGCCAUGAAGACAGCCUUUGGAAAGCUUCGUCCGAUGCUACCUUGUGCAUUUGAUUUGCAUUUCCAUGUUCGUUUUGCAGAAUAGAAAGAAGCCAUUUUGUUUAUUUGUACAUACGGUAUAUGUAAGGCCACAAUGAGUUUAUCUAGGAUUUUUGCAUUCCAUUUAUACGAACCAAGAAAUUGAUUUUGUGCUUUUUGUCGUCAGGUGAUAUGACUUGUCUGGUGUAACGCACGCAGGCCUCCAGUUAGUUACAGUGUGGGUGCCACUAAUUAUGGCUUUGGAAAUUUAAAAAAGAGAGAUAGAGAAAUCAACACUCCCCGUAUUUAAAAUUAAUGCUGCACUAAUUUAAAAAUUGCUAGGGAAUCCUGGAACAAAAAUGCCUAAGGAAAAAAAUAAGGGCACCUCAAUAAUUGUAGUUUUUUUCAUCAAUGGGCAGAUUUUCCCAAUUGUAGCAGGUACUCUUGGGAGACAUCUUAAUUCUUCUGGGCUGUUAUUUGCUGAUUAGUCAUUUCCUGGGCUGGGUGGCCUUGAAAAUAUAUGUCCAAUUUACAGAGAUUUAUUUAUGCCUUAGGAGAAUCUAGCCGACAUUCAGUAGCUCUGAAGCUGUAACUGCUUUUCGUUCUGGAUUAUUUUGUAAAGUGGGUGGGGCAGGAAUUGUAUACAGAGAUAUAUGAAGAGCUAUCCGGGUUUUUUGAGAUGGAAUAAUUUUAGCAUUUUCAAAAGUGUAAAUAAUGUACAUUUAAUUUCACACAAAAAGUAAGUUUUUCAGCAAAUUUGUUUCCUAGUAUAGAAAAAAAGAAAUUUUUAUAGUAAGAAUCAUUAUGUUAUGUUUAGAGGUCUAAUGUUAUAUGUAUUCAUAUUAUUACAGAGUGAAUUUGUAUUUAAAGCAAAUUUUAAAAUUUUGAAACUCCUUUAAACUUUUUUGUAUUUUUAAUUGGUUUAUUAUUAAAAUAAAUCAUG